AUGCAGGCGCUCGCACAGACCAGCCGGCGCGCGCACUGCGCGCAGGUCGCUCUCCAGGGACACAGGCGGCCCCGCGCACGGCCUGUGGCUUGCCGAGCCGCGAGCAGUGCUAAGAGCAGAGUGCGCGAGGCAGUGGACAGCGGGUGUGAUGUCUACAGCGACCUCAUCGGGCUCGAGAGCGACAUCAAGGCCCUGAUCGCCGAGAACCCGACAUCCAGCCCAGGCUACUCGGCGUCGGAGAUCGGGCAGGGCAGCUGGCAGGUGUUCAGCGCGCCGCACAUCGCGGGCUUCUCCAAGCCGGUCGGAAUCCGGUUCUCGCCCAUCAGGUACCACCUCGACGGCAGCCGGAUCUCGUCCAACGUGCGGUUCGAGGGCAAGCUGCCCGGCGUCGGCAAGGUCGCGGGCUGGCUCAGUGCCGCGGGCACCUUCUCGUACGAGGACGACACCACCGUGCGGGUGGACUUCAACGACUUCUGGUACGACCCGGAUGAGAGCCUGCGCAUGGACGUCGACAGCGCGUCGCGGGCAGCUGCGCGCUCGAGCGCCGACAACGUCAUCACGCAGAUGGGGCGCCUGGCGUUCUUCCCGCAGUUCUCCAAGUUCCCCGUCCUCUACCUCGACGACGACAUCUGCGUCUUCAAGUUCCCGCCCCUGGACUCGGCCAUCGCGUGCGCACGCAUCAAGGCUCUUCCGGAGGGGCGCUGA